AUGGCGCAGCAGAAGCGUUUGUUCGAUUGCGUGCUGGUGGUGGGGGUGAACGCCGUCAAGGCCGCGUCCGACGCAUCGAAGAACCCGCCCUACGUGAAGUUCCAUUUCCCCUACCCGCCGAGCUUCAUGAAGGCCGUGACGCAAUUCUGCUUCCCCGAUUCGUGCCUCGACAAGAUGAAGUCCAAGCAGGAGGAGAUCUUCUCCUUCGUGCUGACCGAGUCCAACGGCGAGAAGCGCUGGGGCUACUGCCACCGCGUCUUCCCCCAAUGCUUCUGCAUCGUCAGCUACCUCCCCUGCUUCAGCAUCUUCUCCAAAAUCCUCAAAAAAGUAAUCAAGCUCCACCAGAACGCUCCUCCUGGAAUGCCGUUCAGUGCGUGCACGAUGUUCCUGCGUGCGAUUUACGAGCAGCCGCUGCCGCAGCCGGGCGGCACGCUGCAGUUCACCGUCGAGUACCCGGCCACCAGCAGCGCCGCGAAGAAGGCCAAGACCGAGCACUACACCUUCCGCCGGCCGGACGACUCCGACUCGCUGCUCGACCACGUCAACUUCCGCCCGCUCGUGACCCUCCUCUCCCCCGACAACAUCCUCGCCGCCUUCGCCUCGCUGCUCGUCGAACGCCGCAUCAUCUUCAUCUCCGAACGCGUCAGCACCCUCUCCGCCUGCGUACAAGCCUGCGUAGCGAUUUUGUAUCCGUUCAGCUGGCAGCACGUGUUCAUCCCGGUCCUCCCCGCCUCCCUCCUCUCCUUCUGCUGUGCCCCGAUGCCCUUCGUGGUGGGGGUGCUUCGGAGUAGUGUGGAGGAGCUGCAGGAGAUGUCGCGCAACAUGGAGGACGUGGUGAUCGUGGACCUCGACGACGACCGCGUGAUCCCACCGGGCUCUCAGGACACCGACGCCGCGCUCCUGCCGCCCUUCGUCGCACCCCUGCGCGCCACCAUCGAGGACGUCAGCAAGCGGACGCGCAACCGAAUGACCCUCACCAACCUCUCCAGCAAUUCCAACCGCAAGUUGCCGAAGGACAGCACGGCAGCGCUGUCGAAUGCGUUCAUCGGGUUCAUGGUCGAUUUGCUCGCGUCGUAUCGCGACUACAUCGUCAUCUCUCCCGGUAGCGCUGACGAGGGCUCGUUUCCCGAGUUCAACAGAGAGGGCUUUCUCGAGAAUGCGGUCAAGGAGACCCGGCCGCUGCUGGAGCUCAUCACCGAGACGCAGAUGUUCAGCAUGUUCAUCGAACAGCGCGGCGCGGCCCAAAUUGACAACGGUGUGUUCGACCGCGGCAUCACCGGGAAGAGCCCCGACACGGAGAGGGCGGCGGUCAGUUCCGGGGAGGCGCGCACGUCGCAGCGGAUGCGGCCGGCGCACACGCGGUUCACCAUGUACGAGUACGGCAACAUCACCCGAAGCGAGAUCUCAGCCGUACACGAGAUGAUCCGCGAACACACCGAAAAGACCAAAAAGGAUAUUGACGAGCAGGAGAGCCUGGAGCUGCUUCGAAAAUGGCGGGAGGAGGAAAAGAAGAGGAAGGAGAGCGCCACGAAGGCAGCGGUGGAGGCGCCUGAGCGGAAAUCGACGACCACCGCCACCACCGCCACGUCUACGACAACGCCGACCGCACGCGGCGGCUUCUCUUCGAUUCGGGUCAGCGUCAGCAGCGACGACAACUACCGCGGCAGCACAGGCAGCCGACAAAGCUUUCUCGCCGCGUCUCGCAUGCCGGAUCGGUCAGACAGCGGGGCAAGGCGGGCGACUUGGAAGCGAGCCCACGUGUCGCCAGCGCCCUCGCCCGUUUCCACUCCGCCCUCGUCGCUGUCGACGACGCCGACGUCUGCGCCCACGUUCCACAUCCCCUCGCCCGCCUCCAGCCCAUCGUCGUUGGGCCUCUCAAAGAGCAACGCUAUUGUCCGAAGCCACUCCAGCCCUGCGGGCAUAAACGGCAACGGGCCAGACAGCAACGACAGGCCGGCAGCUGACACCAUGUAA